AUGGAGGAGGAAUUUGACUGGGAGACCUGUCAGCUGAAGGGUGCAGUCGGUGGCCAUGAAUGUCUCGAGUUGGUCGGAUCCAGCGGGGCAGUGGACUUCGUGCGCGAGGCCUUGUCUGAGGAGCUCCAGGUGGGUGAGCAGAGCGAGUCGGAGGACGAGCCGGAGACCAAGUUCGUGGGCGAGAUCACGCCAGCUAUCCGGGCGGCGGUCAGGCGAGUGCACGAGGCUACUGGACAUCGUGCGCCAAAGAGAUUGGCCCGCGCGCUACUGCUUUCAGGUGCGCCUCCUGCGGCAGUUCAGGCUGCCCGGGAGCUCAAGUGCGAUGUGUGCUUGGAGCGCAGCCGUCCGAAAAGCCGCCGUGUGGCUAGCUUGCCUGCUCCGCGAGCCGUUGGGGAGCGGGCUCACCUGGACCUGCUGAUUGUGGAGGAUUCCAUUGGCACGCCUUUUGUGGUAGCUCAUGCCACCGACGCGGUCUCCAAGUACCAGCUGGCAGCCCGCAUCCCAAACAAGUCUUCAGCUGCGGUGAUUGACUUCAUGAUGCAGUAUUGGUGGCCCAUUCUAGGUGCGCCGCGGCAAAUUAUCGCGGACCAGGGCCGCGAAUUCAUCAGUGAAGAAUUCCAAACCUUUUGCUCGGCUCACUCCGUGCACCUCUGGCACUGCGCCGUGCAGGCGCCGUGGCAGAACAGCCCGGCCGAAAGAUCAGGAGGCAUACUCAAAACGCUGGUGGCCGCCAUCGUCACAGACAAUGUCGUCCUGGGAGACCGAGAGAUCUCCAAUGCCAUCGGAGAGGCUUGCUCGGCGUAUAACGCAGAUGUCAAUGAAGAAGGCGUGACGCCGCUUCAAAGCGUCACAGGUCGACAGCCCUCCAGUCAGGGCUCAGUCCUUCACAAUUUCUCUGGAAGGCUGGCGGAGCACGGGUUGAUAGAUGCUGAGCCGUCCCUCCAGCAGCGAAUGGCUUUGAGAGAAAGCGCCCGCAUCGGCAUGAUCAGACUCCAUUAUUCGAAGGCCAUUCGCCGUGCUGAACUUGCUCGAAGUCGAGAGCCGACCAUUUCCCGCUCAAUACAGCCAGGUGACACUGUGUAUUUCUGGAGGGCUCAAAAGCUAAAUCGCCGGGGCGAUCCGCGGCUGUCGACUUCCUCCAGACGGCGCAGGCUGGAACUCCGUCGUUGGCACGGCCCGGCAAUCGUGUUGGCUCUGGAGCAGAGUUCAGAGGACAGCGCCGUCACCAACGCCUUUUUGUCCUUCAAAGGUCAAGUCACGAAGUGUGCGCUUGAACAUGUGCGCCCGGCCUCUACGCUUGAAGAGCUGUCCGCUGGCGCCUGGGAAGAGGCAAUCAAGGAGCUGACUUCGACUGGCCGCACGCCUUUGGAGGACCUUGGUCAGGCGGCCAGUGAUGCCGAGUCUGAUGAGAGAGAGGAUGCCGAACUUCCCGAACCACCAAUGCCUGGCGCGGUUGCUCCCUCCACCUUGGCAGCGCCACCCUUGACCGCUGCGCCUGGGACGCCAGUGGGUCACUUGGUGCGCCGCCCCGUGAUGCAGAACGCCCUUCGACGAGCUCAGGGACAGCCGCUGGCUGUGGAGUUGGGAAGGCAAGCUCUUGUUCGAGGCCAGCCGGCCGACUUUGCCGCCGAGCUUCGUUCAUUGAUGGAGAGAGGACGCAAGCGCAGCGCCAGCCAGAGUGUGGAACCAUCUCUUUUGCUUUCGGAGGAGCCGGUGCCUUCUUCGCGACGGGUGUCUCCUACCGCGAGCGCUGGUGUUGCGGAUCCUCCUCGACUCUCUACAGAACCACCUGGUGAUCAAGCUUCAGUUGUUGGUGCUGCUGAUCCCCAUCGACCUUCUAUAGAACCACCUGGUGAUCACGUGUCAGUUGCCGGUGCUGCUGAUCCCCAUCGACCUUCUACAGAACCACCUGCAUCCAUUAGCGCUGCAUCUUUGCCGGCUGCUCUGGGUCCUGUAGUUCUGAAUGAUCCGCGGUUGGGGGAAGCGCGUUCGGCCUUUGAAGCCUUGACCUUAGAUCACGAACAGCUUCUUCGCUUAGCUCAAGGUGGCGCAGAUCUUCAUCCACUCCUACAAGUUCAGGCUCAAGUUGAAUGUGACCGCUUGCAGGGUUCAGUGUCCGAGAAGGCCCCUGACCACGGAACCUGGGAUGGACGUUGGAGCUUACCUUCGAGUUCGCAGCAUGAGCUUCUUCAGCGACUUGGUGCUCCUUUACCCGUAGGACAACCUGAUGACGUUCAUGAAGUUUGUGCCGCUGGUGGGCGAAAGGAGAAAAUUUGGUCCAAGAUGUCCCCUUCAGAAAGGACGCUGUGGAAGGAGGCCGCAGUUAAAGGCUGGUCUGCUUACGUGGACAAUGACGCUGUCAAAGUGUUGUCGUUGCAAGAGAGCCUCGCCGUGCGCAAGGAGUUGGCGCGCAAAGGAGAGCUGGAUCGAAUCAUGACGCCGCGCUUCGUCUUGACCGAUAAGAACGACGGCCUUAGGACAGAGGGUGCCAACUUGCCUCCAGCCCCGAGUGCUAGGUUGGUGGUGCCUGGCUUCAAAGACCGGGCGAACCUUGAAGGUGAGAUUCGUCGUGAUGCCCCGACAGGAAGCCGCGAUCCAUUCGUCACCCGAGAGUUGUAUAUCGGCCCCACCAACGAGAAGACGGGCCCUGAAAUUCCAUUACCUCGAGGUUGCUUGGCAAAAGUCCUGAAAGGCAUGUUCGGACUCGCCGACGCGCCGCGCCAAUGGUGGCUAAAGCUGGCCAGCUCCCUCGAGCGGCGCGGAUGGGUUCGCUCGGCACUGGACCAAGCGGUCUGGUUUCUUUGGAGCGGGCCAGAGCGAAAGACUUUGUGCGGGAUGAUCAUAAGUCAUGUCGAUGAUUUGCUGCUUGGUGGCAAUGCCUUGGCUGAGAAGUCCCUGUUGCAGGUGGGAGACGAGCUGGGGUUUCGUGAGGUCACCCGCAACUCCUUCACUUGGUGCGGCAAGUUCUUUGACAAGAAGCCUGACGGCUCGGUCACCCUGAGCAUGAAGACCUACCACGAGAACCUCCGCGAGGUCACACUUUCUAAGAGCAGGCGCUCCGAUGUGGCUGCUCUGCUGACACCCUUUGAACAUCGCCAGCUUAGGGCUGUCUUGGGAAGUCUUCAGUGGUUGGUGGCCCAACUUCGCUUCGACCUUUCCUUCUGCGUGUCAUCGUUGCAGGGAGAGUCUCCGCCUACGGUGGGAACUUUGCUGAGAGCGAACCAGGCCGUCCGGGAGUUCCAGAAGGACUGCAACUUUGAGCUGGUGUUUCGCGGGGUGAACCCGUACAAGGGCGGCCUGAUGGCCGUUGCGGACGCUGCUUUGGGCAACGUCGACUUGAAGGGCUCGUCUCAGGAGGCCCCGCUCACCAAGGUGUACUCCCAGGCCUGCUACUUUAUCAUCUUGGCUGAUGAGGAGCUCAUGGCAGGACGCACGGGAUCGUUCAACAUCUUGGACAUGAGGUCGCACCGCAUCCCUCGAGUGUGCCGCUCCUCGUACGCAGCGGAAACGCUGAGCACAGAGGAGGCCUUUGAUGUGGGCCAGUUGUGCCGAGGAUUUCUUGCAAGUGUCCGGGGACUUCCCUUGCACAAGUCGACCCUGGACUCUUCGCUUAACUCCGUGCCCCUCUGCACCGUCGUAGACGCCAAAGACGUAUUCGACAGGUCCAACAAUGACUCCAACAGUUUCGGCAGCCAGAAAAGUCUAGCUUUUACCAUCGCCUGGCUCCGCAGUGUCCUCAGAAGGCCCAACACCAGUCUGCGUUGGACAAGCACGGAAAAUAUGUUUGCAGACGGCGGUACCAAGGACAUGGAUCUCACGCACAUGCGCAGCAUCAUGGCAGCUGGCAAAUGGUCAGUCACCUACAGCCCUGCUUUUGUAAAGCAGGUGUCAAAAGGACAGCGCAAGCGCGCUGCGCCGACUUCGACUGCUGAGCUCAUGGGGGAACCAUUGGAACCUGGCGAUCCUCUGCUCGGCCACCUCCUGAAGCUGGGUGAACAACGUGGCUGGCAUCAUCGCGCUGACAUGGGCAUCAACGUGGCGUACGACGCCAAGAGUUUUCGCUCUCCUGAACCGCGGUUUUCACCGGCCCAGUUCCCACUUAGGAGCACCUUUUGUCGGCUUGAGCUACAGACGGGCCAGGUCAUGUGGCGAUGUCUCGAGCGGGACUGUCGUUACCAAGAUUUGGCAAACCAGCACGAACUCCUUCCUCACAGAGCUCCAAUCCUCGUGACUUUCUUCACCAAGGAUUCUGUACAGUGA